CUGAGAGUCCCUCUCCAGAGGCUGGAAACAGCCAUUGCCUCAACUCUCGAUGGACUCAGUUGCUCAACUUGGAUCAACAGAGGCACAUCUUUCGUUUGUUCCAUUCGCCACGGUGGAACAGAGGGAACAACUCUCUGGGAACAACAAUUCCCCCAUCGGAGUAAUAACUCGGAGGAGGGCCCCAGUACUACCACUGCCAGUGGUACUUCCACUCCGUACCACCACUACUACUACGCCUAGUACCACCACUACUACCGACGACUUCCUUAGCGAGUAAGGAAAAAGAGCGAAUUACGUGGAGCGGUCGGUGGUGGAUCAGCCAUUACUUGGUUGCUGGCUGGCCUGGUUGUUGCAGUGAGCGUACUUAGAGGUCGCAUCACCCAUAGGAGUCCACCGCAGUCAGACACACGAGCUUUGGUUGUAUUUACAACUACCCCCAAUUGGUCUGAUCUCCAGUGGCUAUCCAUACCCCCAAGGCACCCAAAGCGGAGUCGGAAGUAAAGAAGAAAACUAUACUCAAACCACAAGUGAAUACGUUAGGGGAAAGAAACGGCCUUGAAGACCCCAGGGUGGUUGUUGGUUGAUCCUCAGAAGAACAAAAGCCCCCAGAGUCCAAACUGCAAUCUCCACGAGACGUCCUCGUCCCAAAAGCAUUGAAGACAUUAUUGCAACAACCAGUCGGGCCUCUUAAGGCUCCUCUUCUUACUUUUCUGGUUCUCCCUGGCUUCCCUGGCUUCCCUGUUCUCCCUGUGCUCGAGGCUCGACUUACGUACACUUGUGUGAAUUGUUCGAGCCAACUCGAGGGAAUUCUCGUCUGAGAUUAAAUCCAAAACCAGCUAUGAUGAUGUUCGGCCUCCAGGAGUCGGCUCUUCAUCCCAUUCGAGGUCCAGUUCUGAAAGAGGAACCAUUGGGUGCAACCACCACAGCCAAUCAUCUGCACCAUGCGGCCAGAAGCUGGAUGGGUGCUCCCAUGGCCUUGGAUCAUGGCGGGGUGGCGCCCGGGAUUGGGCGAGCACAUUUUGAAAAACAGCCUCCGUCAAAUUUGCGGAAAUCCAAUUUCUUCCAUUUUGUCAUAGCCUUGUACGAUCGAACGGGACAACCCAUUGAGGUUGAACGCACCGCAUUUAUUAGCUUUAUAGAGAAAGAUCAGGAAAUCGAUGGAAUUCGGACGAGUAAUGGCAUUCAAUAUCGACUCCAGCUGCUUUACUCAAAUGGUGUCAGACAAGAGCAAGACAUUUAUCUCCGUCUCAUCGACUCCGUAACCAAACAGGCCAUUGUGUACGAAGGACAGGACAAGAAUCCCGAAAUGUGCCGAGUUCUCCUCACUCACGAAAUCAUGUGCAGCCGAUGUUGUGAGAAGAAAUCGUGUGGAAACCGAAACGAAACGCCCUCGGACCCUGUUGUUAUUGACCGGUUCUUCCUCAAGUUCUUCCUGAAAUGUAAUCAAAACUGCCUCAAAAAUGCCGGAAACCCAAGAGACAUGAGGCGAUUCCAGGUGGUAAUAUCACUGGUUCCGAGUGUGGAGGGCAACCUGUUGGCGGUGUCCGAUAACAUGUUCGUCCACAACAACUCCAAACAUGGACGUCGAGUCAAACGACUCGAUCCGACUGAAGCACUUUACCCUGGUCUCUAUCCCACAUCUGCCAUCCCUUGUAUCAAAGCAAUAUCACCCAGCGAAGGCUGGACCACAGGGGGAUCCACAGUCAUUAUCAUUGGCGACAACUUCUUCGAUGGGUUACAGGUUGUUUUUGGUACCAUGUUGGUUUGGAGCGAGUUAGUCACGUCACACGCCAUUCGAGUUCAAACCCCACCUCGUCACAUCCCAGGAGUGGUUGAGGUCACUCUGAGCUUCAAAAGCAAACAGUUCUGCCGCGGGGCCCCUGGACGCUUCGUAUACGUGUCUCUGACUGAACCAAACAUUGACUACGGGUUCCAUCGCCUCGGGAAGUUGGUUCCACGCCAUCCUGGAGAUCCAGAGAAACUGCCCAAAGAAAUAGUCCUGAAGCGUGCCGCUGACCUGGCAGAGGCGCUCUAUUCAAUGCCUAGGAACAAUCAAUUGGCCGCACUUUCCGCAGCCACAAGUCCUCGAUCUCCAUCCCAACAAUCGGUUAUGCAUCAUGGCUUCAAUUCGUAUACCGGUCAAUUGGCAGUCACAGACUCCACCGUCAACGGACAAUGGUCUGAAGAUGAUCCACUAUGUGUCCAAUCCUACCACCAAUACCACCAAUCCGUCACCGCCCCCACUCAUCAAGCCCUGAGCCACACCCACCGACUUCUCAAUCCCAUAGCCACCAACCACAGCAACAGUAGCGGACGGAACACCCAUUCGACGUCCCCGUCGGACUGCAACUCAUCCUCGGCCAAUGGUUCAGAAGGUUUGGUCCCUCGAACCAACACACCUACCACAGUGGCUUCUGUUGCUACCCCAACCACGGCCAUGAACGCAACCAGUCUGUCCACUUUCUCGAGUGCGGCUGGUAACGCAAGCGUCUCCAUGGCCACGGCUGCGGCCUCUCACUACAAUCAUUCCUUGUUCCAAGCCUCGUCAAGUGUUGUGUACCCGUUCCAUUCGUAUUUGAGCCAAUUUCCAAAUUGCAACUGGUCUGCCUUUCAUUCUCAAUUUUGAGACCGCAAAUAAACCGCAAACUGGAGAAUGUCCAGUUUAAUGCCAGGGAUGGUGAAUCCUUUUGCUCUCACCUGAAAGUAUGUUUACUACUAAUUGCCAAUACCAAAAUGCCAACGAAGGAUCAACCAAAGAACGUGGAAUCUCGAAACGAUUCUGAAACCGAAAUGGAAAAUAUCAAUGGAAAUCUGUUGCAUAUCAACACACGCGUUGUCAUCUUAACCUCUGCCUCCACACGCCUACAAUUCUUGUUGCCCCUUCCCUCCUCGAAAUCUGCAUGCCCAUUAGCCAUUUUGAACAGAAUCUAUCCUUUCCAUGAUUACAACACUACUCACGUACAAAAGCUGAGCUUACAUAAAUGCCCGCCAAGUAGAAAUCGGACUUUGAUUCCUCACCUCUUUGCUUAUUCACUCUGCCCGAAUUAGAUCUGAAGUCUAAUGGAAAUCUGUGAUACAACACAUUGAUUUGAAAAGAAAAAAAACUUUCCCGCUGUCAUCAAUAUUAAUUGGCCAGCCCAUAGAAACAAAUUUGUACAAUAAGAAGAUCCUAGAACAACGACGUUCGUACAAUGUUAGUGAACUCGAAUUCGCCACUCGUCACUUUUUGUUGCUCUGCUUUGUUACCACCAAUACUUCUAUCUGCUAUUACUAAUGUUCGAACUGUUUUUCCACCAUUCUUCCAUUAGUAAUACAACCCCUUCCAAGAAAUUGUCAAUAAAACAGUUUGUGAGCCAAAAAUCAGCCAAUUAAGGACUCUCCUCC